UGUGUAAAAUCCCUUCCUUCUUUUUUUUCAAACGGAAACUGCGUCUGAAAAAACUUGCCUGUAUCGAGGCGCCCCGAGAAAAACGUAGACACGUUGUCGUCCGAGGGAAGCGCUGGAGAUUCCGCCGCGUUUCCCCAUCCAAUCUGCGUGCAUUCUCCUCGGUGCGGAACUUUCCUCUUCGCAAAACGUUUCCUUUCUUCUUUUUUCUUUUUGUCUCGUCUUGCAACUCUUGUUCCCUCACUGCAUGGUCACCAGGCUUUUCCAGAACCUGCUCUUCUGCCUGCCGUCUGAACGACGCGAGAGGAGAAGGAUCCUGAUCCACGUGCACUUUGCGUCGCUGUCUUCUCCCACACUCCUCCCGUUGUUUCUGUUUGCAUUCCUCGUAUUUCUUCUUGGCACCGUGCUCGGCCGUUUCGUCGCCUUCCGUUUUCACUCGCGAAAGAGAGUUUCGCAGCCUAGGAGCGGACUUCUUCUCGGCGUAAACCACCGUCGCUCGUUUCCUUUUCUCGACUCUCGCCCCCGAGAUUCUCUUCCGUCUCCUUCGAGCGUAUCUCUCGGGCGCUCCAAGCUUCUCUGAGAGCUUGUUCCAGCUGUUCUGCUGCUCGAGGCUUUCUCCUCUCCUGCCCCCUUCGGUCCAGAAGCGAAGCUGCUCGUGCCUUCUCGUGUGUCGCGCCAGUACCUCUCCCUGUCCCUUGCGUGUCUACUUCGAAGUCUCUCUUCGAGGGCUACAGAGUCCGACCGGCUUCUCCAAUUCGUUGUCGAGGAAGUCGUCUGCGGCGUUUCUCUCUCUCGCUGGCUCCGCCUCCCUCUCUCGACUCUCUUUGUUCUCGUGCGACUGCUUUUUUCGCGACUUCUCGUCAUCGAAGAUGUCGCGCCACUCUCCCUCGCCGCGCCGCCGCCGGUCUCCCAGCCCUCGCCAGGGAAGCCGAAUCUUCGUUGCCAACCUCCCACUGGAUGUGACGGAGAACGAAUUGGAGGACCUCUUCUACAAGUUCGGCAGAAUCGAGGACAUCGAGAUGCGGCGCGACCGCACGAACGACUCAACGAUUGCUUUCGUCCAGUUCGCCGAAUAUAAAGCUGCGGAUGACGCGAUUGAGGGCCGCGACGGGGCGCAUCUCGGCUUCCACCGAAUCCGCAUUGAGAGGUCGAGACAGCGUCUUCGGAGACCAGGCGAGUUUCGCCGAGAUCGCGGGGGAUAUGGCGGCCGGGAAAGCGGCGGCAAUGGUCCUGCCUAUGGGCCUCCUCGCAGAUCUGAGUUCCGCGUACGCGUGUACGGCCUGCCGCCGACAGCGAGUUGGCAGGACUUGAAGGAUCACAUGCGCCGGGCAGGAGACGUCGGCUACGCCAAUAUCGAAGGCGGAGUGGGGGUCGUCGAAUACUCGAAUGGAGACGACAUGGACUACGCGCUGCGCAAACUCCACGGGAGCGUUUUCAGAAACAUCUUCCACACCGCCAAGAUCCGCGUCGAACGAGAUCUCGGAGAUGACUACGUUCCUUCUCGUCGUCGGCCGAGCCUGGGGCGAGAGCGCGACAGGUCUCGUCACCGCAGUCGAUCCCCGCGCGGCGGCCGGCGCGGCUCGCGGUCCCCGGUGGAGUACUCGUCGCCAGAGAGGCGACGCGAGGAGGCGGAGAGAGAGAGGCGGAGAUGCGCGAGAGACGAGGAAGAAGCGCGACACACACGCAGAUCCAGAAGCGCGUCUUCUCGCCACGGUCGGCGCCGAGAGGAGGCAUACUCUGACCAUGAAGAGCGCAGAGAGAAGUCCCUAGAUGGAGACCGCUUCGAGGAGACAGAGCGAGGGAAGCCCCGCGAGCGCGAGGACGGACGGAGACCGCGCAGCGUGAGCAGAAGCAGUCAGGAGUCUCGCGGCGAGAGGGAUGGCUUGGCAAAAGACGAACGGGAGAAAGGGGAGACGAGACGAGACGACGAACGAGAGAGAAGGUCUCGGUCGCCUUCGGACUACCGCGGUCGCGGACAGAAGCGUGACCGAGAAGACGAGAGAGAAGACGACAGACGCAGGGUGCGAGGAGAUGAUUUCUCAGAGGAAACGCGCCGCAACGGCCUAGAGAGAGACGAGAGGGGGGAGCGAGACGAAAGAGACGAGAGAGACGACAGGGAGGGCGUCAGAAGAAGUUUCGAAAGAGACAGAGAAGAGACGCGACGAGGACGGAGAGACGAGGAACGAGAAGAGGCAAGACACUCUGGUGACGAGGAAUGAGUCGAGGAAGGCGACGCCGUCGCCGGAAGUUGCAGUACAGCUGAGAAGGCAUGACUGCGCGAAAGUGAAGAGGCCUUGCCGACAAACAGCUCACUGAUGUCUCAUGCAGACAGGAGGACAAGCGCCAGCUCGCCGGACAGACACGGCAGAAAAGACGCGGCAUGUCACGGGGGUGUUCGACAUGCGAAAGCAAAGGGGGUCUGGUCGCGUUUCUCCUCUGCUUUGCUCAGCCAAGUCGCGUCCUCGCUUCUGUUUCUCCAAUGCUUUGAAAGAACAGAGAGGGAGACGCAUCGGGAACAUCCUUCGAAGGCUGCCCGGGGCCAUGUCGAGUUCGCUGUACACAGGGCAGAGCGUCUCUUGUCUCCUCUUUUUGCUCUUUCCGCGGCCUUUCUGUGCAUGCACGAUUGGUAUGUGGGACGCUUGUACUGAGGCUCACAUCGUAGAGGAGAAGAGAACGAGUGAAAUGCCUAACGCGCUUCACGGUCGCAUGCAGUUAUUAGAGGAAAAAACAUAUGUAGGCAUAGGUCGAGUUUUAAACGCGACGGGUUCUGCUGCGUGCAGGAACGAGAUAUUUUUCGUGGGUCUGCAUGCGCAGGCACGGUAACGUAUUCAUCGAUCCCGCCGGUUUGUAUCGUCAAUUCCGCAGCUCAACUUCUUGGAUCUUUCCUCUUCGCGUGAGGAGCGACGCCUUCGCGACCGUCGCGCGGAAAUGUUUCAAAGUUUAUUUUUCCAGAAAACGAAGAACCACGUUUUUAUGCGUCGGCUCUCAAUAUUCGUGGACUGCCGUUUCUCUUGCAUCAUCUCGACGCAUGUACGUAUCCCUGUCUUCUACCUUGUGAAAAAUUUGCACUCUUUCGCAAAGUGUGUAUGAACCUUUGUUUGCCCACCAUACCUGUUCAUCGAGUCUACUUUCACGCGACCGUCUUUGGUAUCCUUCGUAUCCGCAAUAUACGCAUACUUAUAUAUAUAUAUAUAUAUGUAUAUAUGCAUAUAUAUAUAUAUAUAUAUAUAUAUAUAAAUGUGUGUGUGUGCAAAGACGAAGUAGCCGGUUAUAUAUGACUUAAGACGUCGGGCGACGGCGGACGGAGAGGGAAGUUGACGCCGGGGACUUGCGGCGACAAGACAGUGCAAUUUGCCAAGAGGGCGGAUGGUUUCGAAGCGAGGAGGGGGAGGCAUCGAAACCGUGAACGUUCCGGUGAAUUCGUUUUUCCACGCACAGAGCACACGAAUGACCGAGUCCGCGAAACGCUGAAGCAUCGCUUCGUGUGUCGUGCCAAGCUAAGAGGAUAGGUUGCGUUCUGUCGAAGCGUCUCAUGGGCUAGAGAGCAGAUUGAGACUUCGAGUUUUUCGAGUGGUGUUUCUCACUCGCGUUCCUGUGAAGUUUCUCCGUUUUCGUGAAACAACGCGUUCCUGUUUCUGCACGCGCCUCCGUCGCCCUCGGGGAGGAGGUGCCUGGCUUCCCUGCUGUUGAUUUUUGCCGGCUGUCUGUUCCCUCGCCGCUCCGCAUGCACUGGCUCGUGCUCUCAGAAUGUCGGAAUUUCCGCUGACGUGGUUCUCCACUCUUCGCUGUGUGUGCGUUUGGACGCAACGAAAAAGACUUUCUGCCGAGUGCACCAGACUGAGGUUCCUUCUCCGAAACGAAAAUGUUUGUGUCUGCGUAUACUUCUCCUUCGCCGCGGAACUCUGGAAACAGACGACCACUGUUGUGUGGCGAGGAACUCUCGAUGACGCAAAGAUGAGG